UUUACACCCACCCCCUUACUUCACUCUCUCUCUCCCUUGCUCGCUCGCUCCCUCCCUUUCUCAUAGUAACCAUGUGCUUUUCGUGUCAGUAGACACAUUUCACCCUCUUCUCAGAAUAACCAAUGCACAGACAGCUGUCUCUCUCCCUCUCUCUCUUUAUCUUUCUGUUUCAUUGACUUUUCUCUCUCUGUCCUUUUUUUCUUUCUGCGGUUCUGUCUAUUCUUCCCUGGCAGCUUUUUAAUGAUCACUGGCGUUAGAAACACUCCUGCUGAAGAAUUUGCUGUAUUUAACCGCAAGAGGACCGAGGCUUACAGCAGUGCCAACUGAGACAGGCAUCUCACGACAUCAACACAUACAGCAACAAAGAAAGAAGAGGACGUUUCAUCAAAAGUCUGAGGAUUAUUUUUAGAGAGUGCAGGUACUAAACGGCAGACUUGAAAGAGUUGGAUCAUGCUGGGCUGUCAGAUCUGGACUGGGUUUGUGCCCAUCUGUUUCGUGCUGCUCUUGGCAUCUGGUUCAGGACUUGCACGCUUGUUGGUGAAGAGGGGACUUAAUCAGAAGGACUACGAGUACCCCAACCACCCUCAGACCACUCAGCACCAGAAAAACGAUCGCUGUCCCCCACCACCCCAGAUGCUACCCGAGCGGGCCUGUGAGGUUCCAGGCUGCCGAUCGGAUUCCGAGUGCGAGAGACACAAGCGGUGCUGUUACAACGGAUGCAUCUAUGCCUGCCUGGAGUCAGUGCAGCCUCCACCUGUGCUGGACUGGUUGGUGCAGCCCAAGCCGCGCUGGUUGGGAGGGAAUGGCUGGCUGUUAGAUGGACCGGAGGAAGUUCUCCAGGCUGAGGCUUGCAGUACCACAGAAGAUGGAGAUGAACCUUUGCUUUGUCCCACUGGUUAUGAGUGUCACAUCAUCAGUCCAGGAAAACCCUCUGCUGGGAUCCCAAAUCGAGGCCAGUGCAUCAAACAGCGAGGAAACUUGGAUGGACGUAGCCUGAGACACAAGCACUUCAAAGAUUACAAGGAUUAUUUAGGAACUAACUCCCACAAUGCAGUGAGCUAUGAGAAACAACAAAAACAUUUAGGCUGAGACCAAGGACCGAACAUGGAUUCUGUUUAAGGAUUCUGUCACCUGGACAUUACCACAGUGAAACUGGACAAGUCUUUAUCCUCAGUUUGAACCAGAAGUGGUACAAAUUUGGUGCUCUGUGUUUUUUAGGUGCUUCAGAGAAUUGCAAAGCUAAUACUACCUCUUGCAAAAGCCAAAACAUUACAGAAAGUGUCAAAGCCCUAAUACAAUAUCUCUCUUAACUGUGCCAAAAUAAAGGGUUAAACCCCUCAAAUACAGAACAACCAUAUACAGGUGUUGGUCAUUUA